AGAUUUUUAUAAAUAUCUCUCAAUGAUCAAAAUACAUUACUAGGAGAAUUAAAGGAACUGAACCAAACAAUUUAGUUCAACAACUCCUCUUUAGGACCUGGUCAUAGGUACUAGUUCCCACCGGAUCGACAUAACUUUACUUAGCUCGAAGUCCUCGAAAGUGCUGCAGUGCUUUUCCAGCUCGUGAUGCAACGAUCUCGCGCCAGCAGUACAAGCAGUGGACGCAACCCGCACAUUAAUACAGCGUGUUCUCAAUCUGUGCAGCCGCUGGAAGCACCAAAGAUUAUAGUAAUACAUCCGGGCUCGCAGCAUCUGCGCAUUGGCCGGGCCGCUGAUCUGAAUCCUCUGACAAUCUUACAUGCAGUCGCCUACAGACGCUUUCACAACGAUGGCGAUUGGCCAUACCACGACCAGCUACUACCGCCACUGGAAAACAUAAACCCGGCGCAGUUGCAGGUGGAGUUCGAGGAGCAACGUCUUGUCGUUUCCCGAAUCUUGCAGAACUGCAUUGUCGACGAGCAAAAUCGUUUUCGGGUCGCCACGCCACCCCAGCAGCUCGCCAACUUCAAUCGCAGCAGUGUAGCAGAGAAAGUAACGGCGCCCUCUCAAUUUGGUGCCAUGGAGGAACAGAGCUGGUUGGAUCGCACUGCUGCGGUUCUAUAUGAUGAGCAUAUCCUGCGGAUGAGCGCAUUCGACGCUCGGGAUUUCGAUAUACAUUUCCCCAUACAGCGCGGUGAAUUAAACGUUCACAAGGGGAAAGGAGGCUCUCUGCAAUCCACCCUGACUCACUUAGAACGAAUUUGGUCAUAUGCGCUGGAGCAACGGCUCAAAAUACCCCUGAGUGAACUGGGUACUCACAGUGCCGUUUUGGUUGUCAACGAUGUCUACAUUCGUCGUCAUUUGCGAGAAGCCAUGACACUGUUGCUUCAGCGCCUUGGCUUCCAGCGUUGCUUUCUAGUGCAAGACAGUGUUGCUUCUACCUAUGGUGCUGGCAUCGGACAUGGCUGCGUCGUUGACAUUGGCGCGCAAAAAACAUCGAUUGCCUGCAUUGAGGACGGAAUCUCGCAACUAGAUGCGCGCGUUCGCCUGAGCUAUGGAGGUGGCGAUCUAAACCAAGUGCUGCUUAUGCUGCUCCGCAAAUGCGGUUUUCCGUAUCGCGAAUGCAGCGUUCAGGAAAGCUAUGUGGACGCACAUUUGUUGGACGAGCUAAAGGAACGCUUUUGCCACCUGCAUGCGAACAUCUGCGGGGCCCAGGAGAAGCAUUUCAUGGUGCGCAAGCAAAACGGACAAUGGCUACGCUAUACUCUGCAGGUUGGCGAUGAGGCCAUAAUGGCACCCUUGGCGCUCUUUUACACUGAGCUUCUGAACAUAACGGGAAAGACGCGAUGCGUCUACACGCAAAAAUCGUCGCAAGAACAGUACGAUUGCGAGGAUUGCUUUGAUGCCGAAUACUUGCGUGAGACGGGUCGUCGUAUGGGCGUGCGAGGUGGCGAGAUACCAAAUGCAGCUUCUACUGUUUCAAACCGCUUGCCCUGCUAUUCAUUAUCUCAAGUGCCAGCCGUUCCCGAUGGGGAAGAGGAACUGAUUAUAGUCGAUCAAGAUGAAUCCAUGCCGGCAAUAGGCAACAAUAACGCUCAACAGCAACAGUCUCAAUUGUUGCAAACUCCUGCCUCCAGUGCUUGCUAUUAUAGUCCCACUGGCCAGAUUUUGCCACUGGACAUGGCUAUCAUUCGGGCUAUAGGGCGUUGCGCCAGCUAUGAGACGAAGCGGAAAAUGUUUGGUUCUAUUUUAUUGGUGGGCAGCAGCGUAAAGCUUCCGGGCUUGGCCGCGUGGCUCGAGAAUCGGAUCAGUCAACAGGUACCCGGGCUGGAGGUGAACGUUUUCAGCAAGGGUAUGGAUGCAGGCAUGGUUGCGUGGAAGGGAGCGGCUAUUAUGUCAGUGCUGGAGAGUGCACGCGAGCUUUGGAUAUCUCAAAAGGAAUGGCAGCGCUACGGCCUGCGAAUAUUGCGUGAGCGAUCGCCAUUUCUCUGGUGAGCUACCGCUUUAUGAUUUAUUUAUUAAGUUGCAGUAUAAACUAUAAUUAUAGAAUUUACAAGUAGCUAUAACACGAAUUUGUAAAAACAAGAAUCAGUUUAUGUAAAUAAAUUUUUAUUCAUAUUACGUAGUACGUAAGGGCAUCAACGCAUCGACUCAUGUUCCAUUGAUCGAUUUCUAUUGGCUUGUCCAAUCCUAAUACAGUAUAAAUCGGAGAAUUCAAUAAAAUAUAGCAUUCAAACGGACCAA